GGCAGUGGUACGCGACCGAGUUAGGUGUGAAGAUGGCGGACGAAGAGGCCGAACAAAACCUCAGCGCACAGACCGAUACCAGUGCAACAAUUGUGGCACUCCGAGAGAAAUUGCUAAAAUUAGCAAUUGCACUGAAGAACAGUACGGACUCUCCGACUCAGUCGUCAACUCAGUAUUGUCAACACUUUUGCCAGACUCUGGUGGAGUAUGCUGGUCGAUGGAGGAUGGAGGAGGAGCCACUGCCCCUGGUGGAGGUGUAUACAGUGGCCCUGCUGAGCUAUGCCCAGGUCUCCUCCUGCCUCUCCUCUCAGUGUGAAAACGUCCCCCUCGUAGUUGAACGUCUCUCACUGAGCUGUAUAGAGCUGCUGCUCUCCCUGCCAGAGAACUUCCCAGAUGCCUUGUGGGAAGAGUUCAAGUCAUCUGUUCAGUCAGCACACUCCCAGCUGCAGGAGAAUGGCAUCACACAGCUGGCCCUCCUGUCUGCUGUGGCCCAAGAGACUGGUGUGUGGACGAACAGCACCCUGCGUAGUCUCCUCUCUAAUGAGUCUCCACAAACAGAGGAGGUUCACAAGUUCCUUCGACUUGAGGGACCCAUUCUGCUGGAGAUGAGAGUAAAGCACCUUAUUAAGGAGAACCACAUGGAGAGGGCUGCACUGCUGGCAAGGGCUUGUGCAGAGUGUCCCGAGUUUGAAGGAAAAGGGCACAUCUUUAAGCAGAUGUACCUGGUCUGCCUGUGCUCUGCCUCAGCACAGGAACCACUAAUGGAGGAGCUCUCCGAGAUUGAUUGCCGUGAUGCACUAGAAAUGAUCUGUAACCUGGAGUCGGAAGGGGAUGAGAGGGGAGCCUUCAGCUUAUGCUCAGCCUUUCUAACACGUCAGCUUCUCCAAGGAGACACUUAUUGUGCCUGGGAGCUGACACUGUUUUGGAGCAAACUGCUGAAGCGGAUGGAGUCAUCUGAAGAGACGUUCCUGGACAGAUGUCGUCAGAUGUCUUUGCUGUCCACAACGGUCUUCCACAUCCUCUUCUUCAUCAAAGUCAUUCAAUCAGAGGUGGGUAAGGUUGGACUGCCAGUGUGUGUUGACAUGUGCAUACGGGCUCUACAGUUGGAAUCAAGUGACGCAAACAACAAGGCCACCAUUUGCAAAACCAUCUCCUGUUUGCUGCCCACUGAUCUGGAGGUAAAACGGGCCUGCCAGCUGACAGAGUUCCUCCUGGAACCCACAGUGGACUCCUACUACGCCGUGGAGACUCUGUACAACGAGCCAGACCAGAAGCUGGAGGAGGAGAAUCUUCCUGUGUCUAACUCGCUCCGCUGUGAGCUCCUGCUGGUGUUCAAGACCCAGUGGCCUUUUGACCCUGAGUUCUGGGACUGGAAGACACUGAAGCGUCACUGCCUGACCCUUAUGGGUGAGGAGGCCUCCAUUGUGUCCUCCAUUGACUUGCUGAAUGACAAUGAGAUCCCAGAGGCCCCUGAGGAGGAGGAGGACACAACCCAGGGUGAGGAAGUGUUCAGAGACGUCACAGACUACUUCGUGGACACCACACAUGAACUGAAUGAAAUAACAGAUAAAAGACGGAAAAUCCGAGAGACAAAGAAACUGAGAGAGAAAGGGUUCAUCUCGGCCAGGUUUCGAAACUGGCAGGCAUACAUGCAAUACUGUGUUCUGUGUGACAAGGAGUUUCUGGGGCACAGGAUUGUACGUCAUGCACAGACUCACUACAAAGAUGGACUUUAUAGAUGCCCGAUAUGCGCAGAGACCUUCACCUCAAAAGACAUAUUGGAACCACACGUGGCAUCACACGUAAAGCUAUCAUGCAAGGAAAGACUAGCUGCAAUUAAAACAAAUAAAAAAUUAGCUAAUCCCAAAACGGCUGCUCCUGUUAUUGCGGCUCUGAAAGCUAAGACUGAAAAUCUACUUUGGAAAAAAGAUGCAAACAGCGAUUCCCAAGAACACAAUGGGGAGUCGCUUCAGACAGAAUCAGUUCAGACUAAAGUCUCUGGACUUAAGACUGAAAGCAGCACUGAGGAAAACACAUGCCCUGUUGUAAACUGCAAAAAGGGAUUCAAGUAUUUCCGAAAUCUUCUUGUUCAUGUGAAAGCACAUAGAGAUAACGAUGAAGCAAAGCGCUUCCUUGAAAUGCAGAACAAAAAGGUGAUUUGUCAGUAUUGUCGUCGCCAAUUUGUUAAUGUCACACACCUUAACGAUCAUUUGCAAGUGCACUGUGGUGUCCGACCGUACAUUUGCAUACAGUUGAACUGCAAGGCCAGCUUUCUCUCCAACACAGAGCUGCUUGUACACAGAAAAGAACAUGUCGUAUUUAAAGCCAGAUGCAUGUUUCCUAGAUGUGGGAAGAUUUUCAAUGAAGCCUAUAAGCUUUACGACCAUGAGUCACAGCAUUACAAAACGUUCACCUGCAAAGUCCCUAACUGUGGAAAAGUGUUCCAUUCUCAGUCACAGUUGGAUCUGCACCAGGAGGAACAUGUCCCAAAAGAGGAGGAAUACCCAGCUACAGACACUGACCUUUCUCAUUUUCUGGACCAGAGGAUGCUUUCUGAUCAGGCUUCCUUCUCAGAGGAUGUUGAUGAGGCUUCUCAUCCAUCAGCAUCUGUUGAGGUGAAGCACUCGAUUGACAACCUGCUGAAUGCUUCUCAAGGUACUGUUGAGAAUGAUCGACGAUACAUGAUUCAAAGUGAGCCACCAGUAAAAGAACUGUACCCAUAUUCAGAAAGAUCUGUUAUUCGGUCUACCACAAAUGCACAAACGCAUGACCCAAAUCAGCUGAGACAUAGACACCAAGACCCUUCAGAGACUGCUGCAUAUGACUAUAUGAGACCCAAACCACAUAAUCCUCCAUUAGCUUCAUACCAAUAUCCUGGGGAUUUGCAUCAUGCCCAACAACCAAGUGUGUUUCAAGGUCAGGUCCAGAGUUUUCGCAAAGAUGGAAAUUAUGAAUCCAGGAACUACAAUUCUGACUACAGAGUACCAGUGCAAGAACAACAACAUCCACACAUGUCUGUUAACAUGUCAGCAUCAAGUCAGACCUCCCAUUACAUGUCAACUCCAAUGCCUCAAAUUCUCCCAUCGGUCUCUCACACACUUCUUCCACUAGUAACUCGUUUGCCAGCCACUGGUUGCAGAACAGAGAAUAUACAGGGCCCGUUAGCAAGCACUCCUGCCCCACUGCACCACCAAUUACCAACUACUCCUGCCCCACAGCAACACCCAUUAACAGCUACUCCUGCCCCACUGCACCACCAAUUACCAACUACUGCUGCCCCACAGCAACACUCAUUACCAGCUACUCCUGCCCCACAGCAACACCCAUUACCAGCUACUCCUGCCCCACAGCAACACCCAUUACCAGCUACACCUGCCCCACAGCAAUACUCAUUACCAGCUACUCCUGCCCCACAGCAACACCCAUUACCAGCUACUCCUGCCCCACAGCAACACCCAUUACCAACUACUCCUGCCCCACCCCAAGGAGAGAGACACCACUGUGCUUUGGAGUCAUGCGAUCGCAACUACAGCUCCUACAGAAGUGUUACCAAGCAUAUGAAAGCAGCUCACCCAGAGUUUUAUACAGAAUGGAAACUUGUUAAGAGAAAAACAAGGGAACAUGAAAAAGCAAGAAAAGCUGCCCCGUCGAGUUUGCCUCUGAUCGGGAACCAUAACUCUGUUGCUCCAAUACAACAUCAACAGGUCAUUCAGCCAACCCCGCCCCUGUACUCAAACCACUCUUACGCUUCCCAUUCAGCUGCUGUCCAAAGCCAAGCUUUCCCCAACCAAAUGGACAAUAUCUUAGAUCCCAUUGUACUCUCCCAGCUAGGAAACAACCCCAAUCAAUAUGCACCACCUAGUAUGCCAUGGCAACAAACACCAGGAAACAACCAAAUCCAGAAUUAUCACUCACAAGUAUAUCCCUCCUCGAACCUGCAAGGGAUGCCACAAAUGGGUGGUGGAGGAAUGGAUGUUCAUGUUAUUCCAUCCGGUCAUAUGAUGCGACCUAAUGUGGAAAGACCAGCAGAGUCACUGCUUCCAACAACUAUGGAUAAUGUUCUUCAGCCUGUUUUCCCCUCUUAUGUGGACAUUCUGAAGGACUCAAGUCUCUCAAAUCAGCUGGGAAAUGCUGCACUUCCCUACACACCGCAGACUCAAAGUAAUUUGCGUUCUAAUUUCAAUCCCCCUGAAAGGAGUCGAAGAAUGCAGAAAACCAACAUGGAAUCACAUGUCCUUGCAGGAAACCAAUUGCUAGCUAGAAACAACAGUGAAUCUCAAGACGGCACCAAAAACACUGCUGAAAAAAACCAGAUGGGCAAAAAAGUCAAGCGCAACAAAAGAACAAAGUGGCCUGCCAUUGUUAAAGACGGAAAGUUCAUUUGCUCUAGGUGUGGUAGAGAAUUUACAAAUCCCAAAUCACUUGGAGGCCAUUUGUCCAAACGUUUACACUGCAAAGCCUAUGACACUGAGCUCCUGACAGCAGACUUGCCUUCAUCAUUUCUUGAUCUUCUCAAUUCAGAGCAACUUCUCAAUACUCAGCCCCCACCAUCUUCACAGUAUAACCCUGCUGCACCGUAUGCAAAUGAUGGCGAACAACCUGAUGAGAUUCUUAAACAAAUUAUGGUAACUUCAAAUAUUCCCAAUAUGUUUGAGCCCUCAGCAAUUCCCCAGCCAACGUUCCAAAAUCCUUAUGGCCCCUACGGACCUGCUGGACGCUUGCCAGAAAGCACAGUCAUACAGCACACAGGAAAUGUCCAAGUGAAGACAGAAAAUGAAUCGUAUACAGAUGGUUAUCUUCAGCAGUCAUGUGACCCUGGGUUUGGCAAUAGUGCAUUCUAUGAGCCACUUCUCACUCAGGUGCUUGCAGAAAACAACCCCACUGUCUCACUUCACAGACUUCCCACAGACCAUAUUGAUAAUUUACUCAGAGCAGAAACACUGAUGAAGAUGAAAGAAGUGAAGGGGAAUUCUGAUUCUGCCUCCAAUUCGGGAGGGCUGUCUAAUGAUGGACUUCUGGCUGCAAUGGCUAGUUUAGCAGAAAACCUUAUGACAAACCCCAUGUUGCAGAUCACCUCACCAGACCCUCGGCCUCAACACAGUCCAGCAGCAACAAGUAUCAAACCGGUGGAGACACGGAGGAAGAGUGCGGAACAUAAUGUCAAGAAAAGAUUGCGUGAACAGAUUUUAGCUGGAGACUUCCAAAGAAGAAGCAGUGUAUCUGGGACAAGCAGCACUGACACACAUGCCAGUUUGAAUCUGGUGUCAUCCAAUCCAACAACCAAUGAUGUACAACAUUUUGGAGUACAUCAAAGUCCUCAGCCUUCCAAGAUGAUUGAUCACGGAAUCCCCUCUGUAUCAUCUACCCAAAUGAACGGAGCAGCACCCAUGAAGAGCUUUACUAAUUUCAGAGUGGCUUCCUCUCGACACCACGAGGUACCUGCACCUACCUGCAUUGUUGCGAAUGAUGUUGAUCUUGGUCCAAAUCUAACACCUGCAAACCAACAGCAUUGGAUAAUGGACCUUCAGACUGCAUUAGAGAGGCUAGACUUAGACAAACAACAGGUGUGUGAUUCUACUCCAACAUAUUCCUCCACAAAACCUAGCUGCACUGAUAUUUGCAAUGAUACUGAAUCAUUCCAGCCUAAUGUCUCAAAAGAGAAGGAUACACAGAUUCCUGAUGGCUGUAGAAAGCUGUUUGCCUGUGAGAGUGACAACUGCACAUACAGGGCCAUGACAAAAGAUGCCAUUUUAAAACACCUCAUCAAGACUCACAAUUACAACAAUGAGAUGAUCAAUUCGAUUAAGAAAAGCCAUGGGAAAUUUGCCCCAUUCUCUUGUCAAAUGUGUGAUAAGACUUUUACCCGCAAUUCAAACCUUAAGGCACACUGUCAGACAGCUCACAGAUUGACACAGCGGGAGAUUGCAGAACUAAUCAUGAAGCGCAAGUCAAGCAACACGGUUGGAUUUGCUAAUAACGAAGACAAACCACGUGUGCAUUCAGAGCCUCCUUUGUCUGGUCAGAUUGCCAAAGCGCCCCACUCAAUAAUGGAGAAUAUUAGACGUCAACAUUCACUCCCGGAUGUGAGCCAAAAUCAAGAUAUGACUGUAAAAAACGUGUUUGCUUCCGGAGAAAGGAUUAAACAAGACUACCACCCACAUCCUUUCAAACAGCAGACUUCUCAAGGCAUAGCUGACCCGAGAUAUCAUGAUAAUAGCCUCUCCAUGGGAAUGCAGCCAAUGCAAAGGAUGCCCAUGCAUGAUCAGACACCAUUAAUGCUAAUGUCUGAAUAUCAAAUUAACGCACACUACUCAACAAUACACCAACAGCCUUUAAUGACCCCUCCUGAUGCAGAUCAAUGGUCAAAUGGACAACACAUACCAUCUCCAUCUCGGCCUAUGCCUACUCAUUACAGUCAACAAUCUGGAGGCUACCUGGCAGAAAGAGCUGACUCAAUGAUGCCUGCUCCAUCAGAUCCCCUUCAGGUUUGUGCUCCCUUGCUAGAAAAUACAUCCAAAAUCAAGCUGCAGAGAGGACCAAAGCCUAAAGUAGAAAAGCCUAAAGUCGAAAUUCCCAAGAAGACGAAAGAGAAGAAGUCUGAGGCAAAUGAUUCUUUCAGUCCAUACAGGCCAUAUCGCUGUGUUCAUCAAGGAUGUGCAGCAGCCUUUACAAUUCAGCAUAAUUUAAUCCUCCAUUACAGGGCUGUCCAUCAGUCUGCUCUAUCUAUAUGUGAAAUGAAAAAUGAAAAUGAUCAAAAUGAGGAACAGGAUGAGAAAAACGGAAUCAAGCAGGAGGGGGUUAUGGAGGAGGAACCAGAGGUUGAAGUAACCCAGGUAACAGAACUCAGAUGUCAAGUGAGCGACUGCUCGAGAGUAUUUCAAGACGUUCCGAACAUGUUGCAGCAUUACCUCCAGCUUCACAAGUUCAGCCUGGAUAAAGCAGGAUCUCUGAUGUCAAACAUCAACCUAGGCAGAUUCCGAUGUGAUCAGCAAGGGUGCACAGCAUCCUUCAUUGCUUUCUGGAAGUACAUCGGACAUAUUGAAAAAGAACAUGACAAGGCAAAACUUGCCAAAAUGGAACCUGUGGAUGGGAUGUUCCAAUGUGAUGUCGAAGGCUGUGACCGUGCUUACGCUACAAAGUCAAACCUGCUGAGGCACACCAUGAAAAAGCAUCAUGACCUUUACAAACUCCAACUGAUGAACCAACGGAAAAGUGAAGAUUGUGAGAAAUCUGACUCCAAGAAUUCACAUUACCAAAUAACUAAAUCAAGCGAUGGGAAAGAAAACAUAGAGGGCAACAAAAAGAUUACACAGAAGGGAGGUGACAAAAAGAAAACUGACAAGACAGAAAAAAAUAGUUGGACAAAAUAUGGAAAACCCUCCUUGAAAACUAAGGAUGAAGCGUCUGCAAUUUGCAUUAAGAAAUGCAAGUUGCAAUACCCCUGCAUGAUAAAGGGCUGUGAUUCAGUGAUGAAGUCUGAACGGAGUAUCAUGAAGCACUACAUGGGGCACGGACUGUCCGAGCGAUACUUAGAAGAGCAGAGAAGCCACUUCAUAUUUUGCAAGAAAUACCCAAGACGUAGAAACCUCCGCGCUGCCAGGAGCGAUGACUCUAAGUCUGAGACCUCCUCAGAGAUAUCCGACAGCGAGGACACGGCAGACACGGGCCUAGAAGGAAGUGAGUUUGACGAGUAUUCAAAACCUGUGUUACGGAGAAAGGGGAAGGGCGAACUGUGUGACACCAAACCUUCGUACGAUGAAAGCUCAGAAACUGCAUCUGAUGGUUCUGUGGUGGUGAAACGCAAGAGAGGAAGUCCACGGAAAAGUGUUUUUGAAAAAAUUGUAAAACGCAAGAGGCUGACAAGGAGUAAUGCGGUUUACUGUGGAGAAAAUGGAUCUGACUACGACUCCUCUAGCACUGCCCUUACCCAGGAUGAAAUGAACGAUCAAAGUGAAACGUUGACCUCCUUUAAGCCCAUGGGAUUCGAGGUAUCUUUCUUAAAGUUCUUGGAGCAAUCAAGCCCAUCUAAAAACGCUCUGAAGAAGAGGAUUCGACUGAGAAACGCUACAGUGUUGUGCAAAAGGUCAGACACACACUUGCACUACCCAAAAGGCUUUGAUACCCUUGAGUUCAGGAACCCUCAGAAGCUGACGUCACUAAAAAAUGUAAAAAUUGUAGUGGACAAAUCCUUUUCGGACGUAGCUGAUACUCUGCUGAAGCAGCUCCAGGAAAUGCGACCCACAGUAAUAUUAGAAAAAUAGAUUCCGAUGUAGUAUUUAAGUGACUGGCUAAAUGUUUUCCUUGUCAGAACACCGUACCUCAGGAUUAGAAUGGGUUUCAACCUGCUGCAGAAUGUUGCCCAAAACAAUAAUACUUUUGAUUUUGUUUUUUCACCGCAAAAUAUAAAUCCACGGUUUUUCAGUUGACUAUGUGGAAGUUGUUUUAAAAUGAUACAUUAUUUACUGUAACCUUGAGUCUGUAAAUAUAUUUUGUCUCUAUUAUAUAUUGAUCUCAUUUUAUAUUAUAUGUAUUAUUGAUAGGAUAAAUUUAAGCAUGUUUGUAUUUAUCUUCCCAGCACAUUGCCUUUGCAAACUAAAUUUAAAAUUGAAGGCGAAAAACAUUACAAUGUCAUGUGAUAAGUAUCCCCAUGAGACAAUGAAAUGGUCCUUUAAACAAACGGAAUGUGAUGUGUAUAGUUUGUGAAUGUUGUUGUUUCAAUAUGCAUUGUAAAUGUUCAUUUGUACGUAGACAAUGUUGUGUAAAUAUUGUUUUGUUUUUUUCAAUGAACUACUGCGACCAGCAGUCUAACUUAAUUGAGAUAAACCAUUUUGUUACAGA